AUGGCGCCUCUUUACUAUAUCCUUGUGGCAUUGCCUUGCACGAUUGGGGCGAUUGCUUUGGCUGUUCUUCACAUAUACAGGCAUCUCUUGAAUUACACGGAGCCUACUUAUCAGAGAUUCAUUGUGCGCAUUAUCUUUAUGGUUCCGGUUUAUGCGUUGACUUCGUUCUUGUCGCUCAUUCUCAAUGACAAGUCUAUCUACUUUGAUUCGAUAAGAGAGAUAUAUGAAGCAUGGGUCAUAUAUAACUUUCUAUCCCUGUGCUUGGCAUGGGUUGGUGGUCCAGGAGCUGUUGUGCUUAGUCUGAGUGGUAGAGUUCUGAAGCCAAACUGGUGCUUGAUGACUUGCUGUUUCCCACCAAUUCCGUUGGAUGGGCGCUUCAUAAGAAGAUGCAAGCAAGGAUGUUUGCAGUUUGUUAUCCUCAAGCCCAUCUUGGUUGCAGUCACAUUGAUACUGUAUGCCAAAGGAAAGUACGAGAGUGGGAACUUUAGUCCUAUACAGUCAUAUCUCUACCUCACCAUUAUCUACACAUUCUCCUACUCAGCGGCACUCUAUGCGCUGGCUUUGUUUUAUGUCGCAUGCAGAGAUUUGCUUCAGCCAUUUAACCCAGUCCCAAAAUUCAUCAUUAUAAAAUCUGUUGUGUUUCUUACCUACUGGCAGGGUGUUUUGGUGUUUCUUGCUGCAAAAUCUGGAUUUAUAAAAGAUACAACUGAAGCUGCUGAAUUCCAGAGCUUCAUAAUCUGUGUUGAGAUGCUCAUUGCAGCUGUGGGCCAUCUUUAUGCAUUUCCAUAUAAGGAGUAUGCAGGUGCUAAUGUUGUUGGUUCACACGGCUUUACAGCAAGCCUUGCACAUGCUCUUAAGCUAAAUGAUUUCUACCAUGAUACAGUCCACCAGUUUGCACCGACUUAUCAUGAUUAUGUGCUGUACAACCACAAUGAAGGUGAAGAGGGAGCAAGGAAAUACAGAGCACGGACUUUUGUUCCCACUGGGCCAGAAAUGGACACUGUUAGAAAAAACAAGCAGAUGCUUGGGAAUAAGUUAGAAGACAUACAGUUGUCCAGUCUUUCAUCGUCCGGAAGUAGUACUCCCCAAAAUUCAAGUGGUGCACAGGAUAUUGCCAAAGCUGAAGCAAUGAAUUCCUCAUUGCUAAUGGAUCCAUCAAAUGCUCUCUCUACUCCAUAUGAUCUAACGCUGAUUGAUAUAGAUAUGUCUAGUUACCCUUCAAAUGUAGCUUCGGCUAGUGAAUCUGGGCAAAGGUGA